AUGCCUGAUACUUCAUCGCAAGAUGUGUUCAAGAAGCUCCAGGCAGUUUGCGUCCCUUUGCUCGAGAACUGGCAGCUCAAUCCUGCCUCCGUAACACGGGCUCUGUCUCUAUUGACUUCGUUGCUAGACAUAUUGCAGGAACAACAAAUGGCCGGCGCCGUGCUAUCGUCAUCGCUUGUUUCCUAUGCGCUCUUUCCUCUCACUUCCAUCCUCCAACGCAAUCCCUCUUCCGCUAUCCCAGACCAGGUCAUGGAGAAACUUUUGCUUUGUCUCGGUAUUCUUUGCGAAAGCUGGUGGUGGGAGUGUGACGUGCGGGCUUGGGAACAGAUAUUCAUGCUUUGUGGAGCAGUGGUCGGAGGGAUCGAAGGCAAAGGAAAAGGGAAGGACAGAGAUGAUGAAACGAAGGAUGCUGCUGUUCGCUGUCUCCAUGCCUUGACGCGGGAACGACGCGAGGACGAGGAUCCCCUUCUCGCACCCGGAACCAUAUCGCGCAGUCGUGACGUUUUGACCAAAUUCCGAGUCCAUACACAAUCACCAAAGUUCAUACCCAUCCUUGGACAGACAUUGAACUAUCUGAUCGUCACUUCUAGUUCACCACAUCUGCCCCUGCAGCGGCAUUCUUUGGAGGUGCUCCAUAACCUCAUCGCAAUCUACGCGCCCGAUGGUUUUGUCCCGUCCAUUGUACCCGGAGUGGUCAGCACAAUGACUAGGGUAGCCCUCGGCAUAUCCACGACUAGAGGUUGGGCAAACGGUGACAUUGUUGCCGAAGCUCUGUCGAUAUUACAGGUCGUUGUAACUCGUUCCAUCGGCGACCAAGUCUGCAUCAAAGAAGGGGCCAUUCGCGACGUUACCGAUCUCGACGACUUAGCCAGUCUGGCGGUAGACACAAUUCAGGAUGCAGGACGCGACUCAGGACCAUACACGACUCCUAGAACUCCAAGUUGGUUACAAGCAACCACUUCACAACUUAUCAUAGCUCUCAACACUUUGACACCGCUAGUAUCUCACACCAAUCCAUCUGCUCUGCACGCAUUGGCCGUCUUCUCCGCGUCCAUACUGUCCGAAACCUCCCUCACCUUUCCGAGAGCACAGCCGCUCUUAUUGUCAUUUCUUCUAUCGAUCUCUAACUCGCCACACGAAUCUGCCUCGGAGCAGGCGGUAAGGUCCCUGCGAGCCUUGCUGGACCCUGCUUCAGGUGCCCGCCAAACGCUACUCCAAACUAUACUCCAAACAACCAAAGAAAACCUCUCAUCCCUUCCUCGCCUUAUUACGUCGCACUCGGAUGCAAAGGUUGAGCACGUCACCGGUCAAAUUGAGGCCGUUUGUCGCCUUCCAUUUUAUCGAUUCGGCGAGAACACCACAGCGGGUGGCGCAUUCGCGACGAUCUCGAGAGGCGUGGGGUCGCUACUGGGACCUAUGGGCGGUGUCGAAAAAUGGGGAUGGCGACUCCUCUCCGUAUUGGAGUUCGACUCUCCUUCAAUAACCGCCACUGGCGUCUCCGAGGCACAACUGAUGCUCGAGAACAAUGCUACAGACACCUCCAUUGGGUUUCCGCACGUCAAUCUACGGCAUGUCGCCACACGGUCGACACAGCAAUCCUUGGAACGAAUGUUUCGUAGUCUAGGCAAAGCCAGCGGAGAUGACGGCCUGUACUCCGUGGAAUGGUUUGUCGGGGUUGGGCGUAAUCGACGAGACAUGUUCGCCACUGCAUCGCUAUGGUGCGCCUGUCGACUCCUCGAGGGAAUCAGCGGCAUAGAUAUUUAUGGAGGAGACGUGCCCUCCACCCUGACUACCCCACGGAGCCGAAGGUCUCAGAAGAUGGCCCGAGGGAUUGCCAGGAGUAUCGCGGACCUAUGGGACGAAAGCGACGUCGCUGACUUCCAGGACACUCCCAUUGCCACGGAUAGCGAAACUCUCGAGCCGGACGCACCGGUAGAGCAUGUGAGAGGAUUAAUUUCUCAAGCUCUAGACCCAUCCCUUCGCAUCGCAAAACAUACCCGCUCUCUGUCCCGUCCUUCUCCCGCACAGCGUUAUUUGCUUAGGGCCCUCAGCCUGCAUCUUCUGAGCAUAACAUCCGGCAUCCUUCAAGCUAAAUUUACCCCUCUGUUAUUGCACACUCUCUACCCGGUACUUCAUUCCGUCAUCUCUCCGGUUGUAUUUCUGUCCACCACAGGAUUAGCGGCGCUCAGUUACAUCACCGCGAGUACGUCGUACGCAUCUCCGGCCAAUCUCCUUCUGUCCAAUUUUGAUUACGCCUUGGACGCUGUCUCGCGGCGACUUACCCGUCAGCUGCUGGAUAUCGAUGCCACGAAGGUCCUCGUGGUGCUCAUUCGCCUUGUCGGCCGUGACGUCGUCACUAAAGCCGGAGACGUCGUGGAGGAAUGUUUUGACAGAUUGGACGAAUACCACGGUUAUGGCGUGGUCGUCGAAGGUUUGAUUGAGGUGUUGGGAGAAGUAGUGAGGGCCGUGGGAGAAGACGAUGAUAAUCAUCUGGCUCGGGAAGUGGAUCCCGUCCUCGCUACAUCUACCCCUCCGGAUGAACAAUGGCUGGAAUCAUUCUCGGACUGGUUUGUCCAUAGGAAUGAUACGCCACCCGAGGAGGAGAAAGACAGCACUGAUUACGGGCCAGUACCUCAUGAACCAUGGGGCAAGCAUAGCAACCCGCCCGAGGAGGACGAUGAAGCCAAGGCCCGUCAGGAACCUGAUCCCAACGCUCCGCCACCUCCUACUCCUACACAAGCAUUGACAACUCAAAUCGUCUCUCGGUCAAUAUAUUUCCUCACCCAUUCUUCGCCCGUGAUCCGAGCAAGAAUCCUGGUCCUCCUCUCGACCGCAGUACCCGUUCUUCCCGAGUCAGCCUUGUUACCCUCGAUUCACAAGGCUUGGCCUUUCAUUCUUAAUCGACUGUCGGAUCCGGAGCCUUACGUCGUUAGUGCCACAGCCGGACUCGUGGAAGCCCUCGCCACAAGCGUAGGAUCCUUCAUGCAUCAACGGGUAUGGGAUGACAUUUGGCCACGCUUCAAGAAAUUGCUCAGCACCCUCAAUACUGCCGAUUCUCAAAGCGCCCUUGCACGUCGGGCUCCAGGCGCCACUGGGACUGAGUCUGCUUAUACCCACUCACAUAGGCUAUACAGGUCGGUGAUGAAGACGAUGACGGCUGCCAUCAAGUACGUGAGGCCGCCGGAUUUAGCUACUUGGGAAGCUUCCACGUUGUUUAGGCGGUUUUUGCAUGCCGAUGUGCACGAAGAACUACAGUCCUGUGCUACGCAACUAUACGAGGAGUUGGCACGGAAUAACGCUGACGCAGUAUGGUUGGUACUCUCGUCGACAGAGGGGUCGGUGGAAGGGCCCGCGUCGUUCCUGAGGGAGGAGAGGUGGGAUAUUCGACAAAAUGUUGCUCAAAUAUUGAUAUCUGUAUAA